UCAGAUUUUAAGUUUGGCCCAUGACUCCAGUUUAGCUGGACAUCUUGGCGUUAAAAAAACAUACCACCGCAUUUUGCGAAAUUUUUUUUUUGGCCCAGAUUAAAAUCUGAUGUUGUGAAAUAUUGCCGAUCUUGUCACACAUGUCAAGUUGUGGGGAAGCCGAAUCAACCGGUUCCACCUGCGCCCCUGAAUCCGAUACCUGCGCUAGGUGAACCAUUCGAGCGGGUUGUGUUAGACUGUGUUGGCCCCUUGCCAAAAACUAAAUCAGGUAAUCAGUAUAUUCUGACAGUUAUGUGUGCUGCAACUCGUUUUCCAGAAGCCAUUCCAUUACGCACCUUAAAAGCUAAAAUCAUUGUGAAAUCUCUCACCAAAUUUUUUGCUACUUUUGGGCUUCCAAAAAUAAUCCAAACUGACCAAGGUACAAACUUCAUGUCUAAAAUAUUUGCACAGGUCCUAAAAAUCCUGAAAAUAAAACAUCAAGCCUCUAGUCCAUACCACCCAGAGUCUCAAGGCGCGCUGGAAAGAUUCCACCAAACAUUAAAAACUAUGCUGCGCAAAUACUGUUUGGAAUCUGGUAAAGAGUGGGAUGAGGGACUUCCUCUCUUACUUUUUGCUGUUAGAGAGACCGUACAGGAAUCACUGGGUUUCAGCCCAGCUGAUCUUGUUUUUGGACACACUGUGCGCGGUCCACUUCGUCUUCUUAAGGAGAAGUGGUUAUCAGAGUCACCCCAAGUAGAACAUAAUGUGCUGGAUUAUGUUAGCGACUUUAAAACCCGUCUUCAUCAUAUGUGCAAA